UCAGGAGGUGAUCUCCUCUCGGUUCGAAUGAUUUGUUCGUUUGUUCCACGUAUAAAAUAGUUGGAAAUAUUUACGCUUUAAUCAUAUAUAACUUUGGAAAAUAUAAUAAUUGCCGUGGAAGAUAAGGAAGUGUAAAACGUUAUAUUCGAUAAUGUUUAUAUGUAUUCUUGAUACGUGACGCUCUAAUAAGUUGAAUCUAUUGAAAACUUGACACGAGAUAAUAUGCUCUAUACUGGGUAUCAUAAAGUGAAUGAGUGAAGUGUAAAGGUGUAUAGUAUAAAUAAUAAGGAUAAAUUAGAGAAAUUCAAGGGGUGUGUCUCUUAGAGUAUUUAAAUAUUUCUUAUUAAAAAUAACAUCGACGAAAAAUUUGGGUGAUCGUGGACCAAAAAUUAUUGACAAGAAAUCGUUAUCCGCACACAUCAGCACGGACGUUAUUCGAUUUUUUCAGUGCGCACUACGGUUGAGUCUCCGGUGCAGCUUACGUUGUUUAUGUCAUCGUGACGCCUAUGGCGACGAAGUGUUUUGUUUUUGCCGAUCGAUGACGGGAUAUUUCAGAAAUUACAUCUUAUGAUUUAGAUUUUGCGAUACUAUUUUUGUAGCUCUACUAUAUAACGUUUAAGAAAAUCUAAAAGGGUCGUAACGUUAAACGAUUUUAAGCGCCCAGAACUUGUUAACAAGAGAAUAUAUAAAGAAACUCGUGCAUUAUUUACUUGCUUUAUGAGAUAUAAAUCAUCUGAGCGAACGAUUAAGAAGAAAAUCGAAAGAACAAUAGAUAACAUUAAAAGUUCAACGAAGUGUAGGAUGGCAUCAUCCACGAUAGCUGUUCCCUCGGGAACAGCUUCGGUACCAGCUACUGCUGGUAUUACUGGAAAAGAAGAACUUGAUAGUGGGGAUUUAUUCGGUGAACGAAGUGUUAAUACCGUUACAGGUUAUAACAAUAGUAGCAGUUCUGGUGAUGCACUUGAAGAGAUAACCUGUAGUAAUGGCAAAAUAGGAGAUCAACAAUGCACUUUGUGCAUGAGCAAAUUAUGCUCACCACGGGUACUAUCUUGUCUCCAUGUAUUUUGCGAAGGUUGUCUAGAUAAGCUCCUUAUGGAUGGAGCUGGAGAUUCAAAGGUAGAAUCUAUACUUGAAUGUCCUUUAUGCCAUCAAGAAACUUCCGUUAGUUCUAAAGGCGCCGCAUCUCUCACUUGUGAUUAUGUAUUAACUAAUAUACUUGACAUGUUUGCGAUUGAAAAUAUGGCAGUGCUCUGUACCUCUUGCAAGGCUAAAGAAAAUGCAGUUGCACGUUGCUCAGAUUGUGCCAAUUUUCUCUGUCCGAAUUGUAAUACGGCACAUCAGUUCAUGCGCUGCUUUGAAAGUCAUAAAGUCAUUGCAUUUGAGGAUUUAAAGAAAUCAAAUGAAACUAUUCCAAUACAUAAACCUAUUUUUUGUGAAUAUCAUCCUGCCGAAAAUAUGAAGUUCUAUUGUUAUACGUGUCAGGAACCGAUCUGUAAUGAAUGUCUUCUUGUUGAGCACAAAGCACCAGAUCAUCAUUAUGAGAGACUAGCUGAUGCAGAACCACGUGAAAAGGAAGAAUUAUUGAGUUUAAUGUCUGAAAGUAAAGCAAAAAUCAAGGACUGCGAUCAAGUUACAACACAGUUAGAAAAUGCACUUAGUGAAUUGCAAAUGCAACGUGAUCAAGCAAAGGAUUUAAUCAUAGAAACUUUCCAAAGUUACAAAGCUAUUUUAGAGAAAUAUCGAGACAAUGCUUUAGAAGAACUUGAAAAACUACAUUCAGAAAGAGAACUUGAAAUAAUGGAUACUUUCCAUAAUGUUGCGAAAACUGCAGAAAAAAUAGAUGAUGCCUGCCGCUUUACAUCUAGGCUUUUGGAACAUGGAGAUACAGUGGAAAUAUUAGCUCUUCGCCGUAUAGUAGGAGCACAACUGUUACAUUUAAUAAAAAAUACCCCAAGUCCUAACAUCACAUUUUGUAUAGAGUUCCAAACAGAUUAUAGUCAAUUUGAGAAAACUGUAAAGGAGGUGUUUGGUAAAUUUCAUACAGAGAGUACACCAAUAACAAAAAUUCUUCCAGAAAUAAAAUCAAACAUGCCAGGAGUUUCCUCUACUCAACAAAUCGUUCAUACUUCAAUAAGUUGUUCCAGUACAAUUAGUACAAGUUCUCCCAUUUCACUUCCUGCCUCUAUGCAAUCCUCGUUUGAAGGUGAACCUUCAUUUGUUAUUCCACCUACAUCUAGUCCUCAAAAUAUUCCACCACCACCACCACCUGUCUCUCUUCCACCAGGCCCUAUUCAUGGUUUGACCAGUAUUCAAGAAUAUAAUUUACAACAAUUAGCUAGUUUAGCCGAAAAGGUAGAAAUUGUUAGUGAUACUGGUGUAAUUGGACCUAGCUCUAAUCCAAGUCCCACUCCUUCCUUCGCACUAGCAGAUUUAUUUGCUGGAGAUUUAAACUCUACAAAUCAUGCCAUCAAUAAUUUGCAAGCUCUUGCAAAAUUAGGAAAUACUCUUGGCAAUCAAGAUUUAGGAAGUGCAACAAUUAAUGGUAGUGGAGGUUUGGUAUUAGGACGUGGGCCUUCCCCUGGUAUUGUUGAUGCGCCUAACUUGAGCACUUUAACUGCCAACAGUCUUUUAAAUGGUGGUUUUCAAUCACUUUCAUCCUCCACAUCUCCUAUACUCUCACAGGGUGCUGACGAUCUUAUAGGUGAUACAAUGCAUAAUAUGCCUGUAGUAGUAGGUAAUCCAGUUGCCAAUGUAACUGGUGCAGGAAGUGGAAACUAUGCACAUCCGCGUUCUAACAAUCCAAAAUUAACUCCAAUGCAAAUUCGAAGUAAAUUUGGCCAGUUAGGUCCUAGUAAAGGACAAUUUAAUUCACCACAUGGAUUUUGCUUGGGUACAGACGAAGAUAUCAUAGUUGCAGACACUAAUAAUCACAGGAUACAGAUUUUUGAGAAGACUGGUACAUUCAAAUUUCAAUUUGGUGUUCCUGGUAAAGAAGAGGGUCAGUUGUGGUAUCCGAGAAAAGUAGCAGUUAUGCGAAAUAGUGGAAAAUUUGUUGUAUGCGAUCGUGGAAAUGAACGAUCUAGGAUGCAAAUAUUUACUAAAAACGGCCAUUUUAUAAAAAAGAUUGCCAUUCGUUACAUCGACAUUGUAGCUGGUUUAGCUGUUACGAGUCAAGGUCAGAUUGUAGCAGUCGAUAGUGUAUCACCAACUGUAUUUGUCAUCAGUGAUACAGGUGCCCUCCUUAGGUGGUUCGACUGCAGCGAUUACAUGAGAGAACCGAGUGAUAUUGCUAUCAGUGGAAAAGAAUAUUUCGUUUGCGAUUUCAAAGGGCAUUGUGUUGUUGUAUUUAACGAAGAUGGAAAAUUCUUGCGUCGUAUUGGCUGCGAGAACAUAACAAACUUUCCAAACGGGAUUGAUAUUAGUGAUGCUGGGGAUGUUUUGAUUGGAGAUUCACAUGGUAAUCGAUUCCAUGUAGCUGUCUUUUCAAGAGACGGUUCUUUAAUUUCGGAAUUCGAGUGUCCAUAUGUUAAGGUAUCUCGAUGUUGUGGCCUGAAAAUAACCUCGGAAGGAUACAUAGUAACGCUGGCUAAAAACAAUCAUCAUGUCCUUGUGCUGAACACUCUUUACAUAGUAUGAAGUGAAAAAAGAAAUAUAAUAAUAUCACUACUUUCUUCAAUAAGGGAGCUUCUAUUGGAACUGCUCUGUUUUCAACGAAGGAUAAGCAAAAAAGGCAUGCCCAAGAUACUAAACUAUUUAAAUAUUGGGCCUAUCAAAGCAAUAGAAACAAGUGCAGCAUGCAGCUUUAAUAGUUGUAAAAAGUAUAAUGCGUCCCUCUUCUAUGAAAGUACCAACAUUGAAAGGAGAAAAGGUAAAUGUAUAUUUCCGACCAAUCGAUAUCAUAGUAAUGUAGCGAGUUGCAUUUGGUAAACUGCCAGAGUAAAUUAUAUAAUUAAGCAAAAACAUGUUAAAGGAAAACAAACAAAAGAAAAACAAAAAAAAAAACAAAAAUAAUAACGAUGCAGUGUGUUGCGCUGACCGAAGUCAAUCAAUCGAAGUUGCUUUAGUAGAGAAGCAAUUUUACAAUGGCCUUUCGUCAAAAUAGGUCGUUGUACCAUAGUUUUUGACACGUCAGUAUUUUAAGUGUGUUUACAAAUCAAAUUCUAGUCUCCUACUAUGAGCACUAUCACGAUUUAGGAUUUGUGCUUGAAAUAAGGCGCUACUCUCUUGGUCUUGGGUUUGAUUAAUCCGAUGAAAAGGCUUUUUCGUCUUCUUUAUUAGAUCAAAAUAUCUCAAGGAAUGUAUAUAAUGAAAAUACGGGGAUAUAUUAGACUGUUCUCGUAGGUUUUGUUUUGUUUUCUCUCUCUCUCUCUCUCUCUCUCUCUCUCUCUCUCUCUCUCUCUCUCUCUCUUUCUCUUUUUCUUUUGACAAUUAUAAGUUUGUAGAUAACGAAAAAUGACAUGUGCAGACUAUACAUCUCCUUGUGAGCAUCAAAGUUUCUGUGCUUAAUGAACCGACGAAAAAGAUAUUGCAUGCUUCAGAGGUAGUAGUUCAUAGUAUUCUCCUGCUUCUCUCAUAUCGUAACGUAUUAAGUCUCAGAGUCGCAAAUUUAAGGACAACUCUUGGGCUACGAGAUAGAACACGAGAUUUUGCAAAUCAAUCACGUAUCCUGCGUGUUUGUGUCACGAUUGUUGAGAAUGCGUUAUAUAAAGUUAAUGUGUCGACAAAAAUUAACUUAUGGUACGUUGAAAAUCAAACAAUUUAGUUACUUAUAAGAAGACAAGAAAAGAAAAAAAACAUCUUGCAGAACAUAUUUUAAAGCAUAAAGAGUGAAGAUAACUAUUUAGACUUGCCACUUGAGUAGAUUCCAUUUGUGCAUUGUUAAAAUUAGGUGAGGUACAUAAUGGUUAUACAAUAUUUACUCAGGAUGCUUUAUUAUGGUCCAUCUCUCACAGAAAUAUAUGACAUUUAUCAUAAUAUGAGUCAUAUAUAUCAGUCAUUAAUAUAAUACUAUAUACACACAAAAAUACACAUACGCAUAUAUAUAUAUUUUUUUUAUUUAUUUGUAUUUUAUAUAAAUAUAUAUAAAGUACAAAUAUAUGUGUAUGCGCCUACGUGCGUAUAUAUAUAUGUAUAUAUAUUUAUAUAUAUGUGUGUAUAUAUAUAUAUGUAUAUAUAUAUAUAUGCGUAUAUGAAUUACUGGUUUGUGGUGCUAACGAACGAUUGCAUCCAUUAACAUGUGUAUGUAUUUGUUAUGAAGUUACAGAGAACAUUUUCCUAUUCUACAAUAUGUGAAAAUGAUUCUAUGUAAUGUAUUAUUAAAUACAAGGUUCGUAUAAGUAAAUAUACCAAUGGUAUCACAUAAGAGCGAUACUCUUUACCUAUGUAAAAAAAAAAAGUAACUAACGUACAGUUUGCUAAACAACUUCUAUUUAUGUAUAUACAAUAUGAGAUCCACAUAAAAGAGAAAUUCCACAUAAAAGCGCAUACAUAUAUAGAAAUUCACAUAUUUUUUAGGGUUGUUUACAUGAUCAGCCUUAAGAUUUGAUUGAACUAAAAAUGCUACAUAUGUGUAUACAGCAUGUAUAUUAAAUAUUUGGCAGAUCGCUACACACACACCAUGUUAUUAUAUUGUCUACAAUAAUAUUUGUUUACAAAUAUUAUUUUUUGCCAAACCAAAUCAUACGUAGCACAUCCAUAUACAUAUAUACAUAGUAUAUAUUUAUACUUGAAUAUAUAGCUUUCUUAUAGGUAAUGUUUGCACACACUAAAAGUUAUCAGCGCUAUUACCCCCACCCCUACUCACGUGCCCACCCCCCAACCACCUAAUGGAUUGCUACUAUAAAGUAAAUAACUUGUGUAGGGAAAAUUGGAAAGACAAGUAUCACAUGACGAGAAACUAUUACUCUUAAACGUUUGCGUAUAAGAUGUCGAUAUAUGUAGUGGACUGCACGAAGCCUAUAUAUAUGUGUGUGUGUAUAUGUAUAGAUAUAUAUACACAUAUACAUAUACAUGCGCAAAAUCUUAAAAAAAAAACAUUAUGCGUGUGUACGUUAUAUAUAUAUGCACACACACACACAUACACACACGAAGAUAGUUGGUCGCGGCAUACACGCGCACGUAUUAUACACAUAUAUAUACACACACACGCACAUAUACAUAUACACGGACAGGAUAAAGAGACAGUUAAUAUAUAUCGAUAGACAGACGGAAAACAUAAAUAUUUAUAAUAGAGGAAAAUAUAAAAAAACAUAGACGUUAGCGUGCACACUGAUCAGCCGUAAAAUCGUCUCUGGUAUCUUUAAAAGUUUUUCACACACACACAUAUACACAUACACACUAAAUAUGCAUAAAAAAGCUACACAUUAUAUACAUCAAAUUAAUUCUGAUAUAUUUAAUAGUCGUGAUUAGCAGAGUUAUAUAAAUAAUGCCUGUGAUAAUAGUAUCUUCAGGAUAAGUUGUGUCCUUAAAGAGUCUCUGAUGUUGUUGCUAGGUAAAUAUAAAUUAGAAGUACCAAUGAGAGAGCAAUUGGCAUUGUUGCAUUGUCUUUUGGCAUUGUAUACAUAAAGGGGAAUGCUUGUCGUAUACAAUGACAGACAGUACAUGUCCAUGAUGUCAUCAAUUGCCUCAAAUAUGGUAUAUUAAAUAUGAGAAGAAAAAGAAAAAAAAGUAAAGAAAAGAAGAAAGUGGAGAGAUAUUCAAAAUAAGAAAGAUAUGUUGCAAAUUUUUUGCCAGUGAUUUUAACAACUCAUAUAUAGCAUAACACGAAUGGAUGACCAUUACAAACAUGAGAGAGGAUCUUUUACCUCACAAAAAAUUAUUAUAUAUUACGCUCACACCUUAUAUAUAUUUGAAUAUUUUAGUAUAGAUUUACUCUAUUUACAUACUUUUAUCUGUGGAAGACUACUUGGCUAAUUUAGGCCACUGUUAAAAUUUACCCCUUAUUUGCCUUGAUGUUUGAAUUACACAUACAAUAAUAAUAAUAAAUAAAAAAAGAAAAAAAAAACAAAGAAAUGUGAGAAAAAAGAAAAAGAAAAAAGAUUAAAAAAAAAGAAACGAAAGAAUAAAUAAAAAUAAAACAUACACAAAGAGAAUGAAACGAGAGAAAAUUCAUUGUUACAUGGAUGGUAAUUGUGAUAGAUUUUUUGAUGAUUUUUACAAUCUCAAAGGUCUUAUUAUCCUAAAUAUGUAUAGAAUUAUAUAGUCAUUCUUCUACGUAAUUGAUAAAUUUUUGCUUACAUACAUAUUGUUAAACAAACAAACAACCAAACAAAAAAAGAAAGAAUAAUAAUAAUAAUAUUGAAAAAAAAAACUUACCCUAUAUUGACACUGUUAGCGAUUAGGCAAUUACCAUUAAUUGAAUUGAACAUCUCUUGCACCUGAGAAAAUAGGUUCUGUAUAUCGCUUCAGCAAUGACGGCUUUUAUUCAGCAUAAUAACUUCCAACGUAUUUUAAUAAAGUACGGGGCUCCUUUACGUACAUAUAUACAUACAUACAUACAUACAUACAUACAUACACACACAUAUAUAUAUACAUAUAUAUACAUAUAUAUACAUACAAUUAUUUCGAGAGACAAGGGAAUACAAAUAAAUUUGUCAGGUUUUGUUCGAUAAUGUUUAUACUUUGUCGCGCUUAACCAUAAGAAUAAUCAUUGUAUAUUGAGAAAAAAGAAAACAACAGAGAGACUAUCAAGAUCAUGGUCCGACUAUUACACAUAGAUUAAUUAAUGAGUAUAUAGAUUUUAAUUAUAUUAUUUUCGUUACUUGUCGUGAGUGAAGACUAUAAGUGUGAUUUAAAUUUCUUAGCUCUUUUAUUACUCUAUAUACUUCUACAAAUUGAACAACAAAUCUCUACGGUGAUUUAUUGACUUAUUUACACACUCAACAAUUAUUAUUUUUAUCUAUUGCAACGAUUAUUAUUAUUAUUAAUUAUGAUUAAUUAUUAUUAUUAUUAUUAUUAUAUUAUUGUUUCUAUGACUUGCGUUAAAAAUUGUCUGAAAUUAUUUUUGAUUGUCGUGCUAUAUGUAUAAUGGUAUACGUAUAUAUAUAAAAGAAAAUAGAGCGGAGUAUUAAAAGGAGAUUCAAAAAAAAAAAAAAAAAAAAAAAGGAAAAAAAAAGAAAAAAAAAUAGAAAAAUCAGGCGAUAUCGCAAUCCUUUGGAAAAUAUAGAAAUAUCGAAUACAUAUAUCUCGAGUUUUUGUUUUUGAAAGAGAUCAUUUGAAAAAAAAUAUAUAUAUUCUUUUUUUUCGCAAUUUCGAUAAGAAAAUAUUAAUACCGUUCACAGAUUGAUAAUAUCAAAUGAUUUAGAAAAAAAGGAAAAAAUGAAAAAAGAGAAACAAAAAGAAAUCGAUAAACUAACGAGAGAUCUCUGCUGACGAUGUAAAGGUUCAAGACGUCGAGAGCAUUUACAAGAUAAAAAGAAAUAAAAAAAUGAAAA